AUGACGACGGCGACACUGUUCCGAGUGUUUCUGCGCCGUCAGACACUCGGCUUGCGCACUCGUUUCUCCCAACAGCAGCAGCGUCGCACGAACUCCUCCAACUCGGGCACCGAGCCCCCAAAGCCGAAGCGACAAGAUGACCCUAUUCCCGUGCCCAACACGGUCGCCACGAUUCCUCUAUGGCAGCGCCUCGGUCCGCUGACUCGAGCUGCCGAGGGUUAUGCGCGGGCGCAGCGCAAGAGGCCUUUGACGACGCAGUUCAUCAGUUCGCUGGUAAUCUACUUUUGUGCCGAUCUCUCAGCUCAGCGCAUGAGCGGCAAGGACUACAACCCGGAGCGCACGAUGCGAUCGCUGAUUAUCGGCGCAAUAUCGUCGAUUCCCAGUUACAAAUGGUUCAUCUUCCUCUCCCAAAACUUCAACUACACCUCGCGCCUCCUCUCCCUCGGCACCAAGGUCGUCGUUAAUCAGGUGUGCUUCACGCCCAUCUUCAACUCAUAUUUCUUCGGCAUGCAAGCGUUCCUGGCCGGCGACAAUUUUGAACAAAUCAUCGAGCGAAUCCGCCGGACGGUUCCCGUGAGCAUCGUCAACUCGUGCAAGCUGUGGCCCGCCGUGACGGCUUUCAGCUUCUCGUUCAUCCCGAUGGAAUACCGCAGCGUGUUUUCGGGAGUCAUCGCCGUCGGCUGGCAGACUUAUCUCAGCUUCCUGAACCGACAAGCCGAGGCCGUCGAAGAGGCCGAGGAAGCGGCGCAUAUUGGAGAGAAAGCCCAUGCGGUGCAGGACAUUGCGCCAUUGAGUGCUGGUCAGGACCAGCAACUCUUCUCAGCAAUGGCGUCCAUCUGCAUGCGAUCCGCCCGUGUGCAAAACGCCCUCCGGUCGGCCAGAAAUCCCGUCGUCAUCCGCCCGAGACUCCCUGGCAACAACCUCACCCGACGUCAUGCCUCGACCGGCUCUAGCUCUAGCUCUUCCGCCGACUCCUCAACCGGCUCGAACCUGAAGCUUGCCCUCUACGGUACCGCCCUCGCUGGCUCCCUCUAUGUGUCCUACCUCUACGUCACCGACACCCGCGCCUCCAUUCACCAAUGGCUCGUCCCCGCCGCCAUCCGCUUUAUCUACAGCGACGCCGAGGAAGCUCAUCAUGCCGGUACGACCCUGAUGAAGACCACGUACGAUCUCGGUCUGCACGUUCGCGAGCGCGACAGGACUCUCGCCGAGCACCCCGCCCUCGCAACCGACGUCUACGGUGUGAAGCUGUCGAACCCCAUCGGCAUCAGCGCCGGUCUCGACAAGCACGCCGACAUCCCCGAUGCCCUCUUCGCUCUCGGUGCCGGCGUCGUCGAGGUCGGCGGCUGCACGCCCCGCCCCCAGGAGGGUAACCCCAAGCCGCGUGUCUUCCGCGUCCCGAGCAUCGACGGCAUGGUCAACCGCUACGGUCUCAACUCCCGCGGCGCUGACAGCAUGGCCGCUACCCUGAGGGAGCGUGUGCGCAAGUUUGCCCGCAAGGUCAAUGCUACUGAGCAGGAGGUCCUGGACGGUGAGGCUGGUGUGCCUGCGGGCAGUCUGCUUCCCGGCCGGCUGCUGGCGGUGCAGAUUGCCAAGAACAAGGAGACGGACGAGCGGGACGUCAAGGCCGUCACCCAGGACUACGUCUACUGCGUGCAGGCACUCGCCAAGUACGCCGAUAUCCUGGUUGUCAACGUCAGCAGCCCCAACACCCCUGGUCUCCGCGAUCUCCAGGCCACCGAGCCUCUGACGAGGUUGCUGAGUGCUGUCGUGGACGAGGCCGCCAAGGCCGACCGCAAGGUUCGCCCCAAGGUUAUGGUUAAGGUGUCCCCCGAUGAGGAGGAGGAUACGCAGGUUGAGGGCAUUGUCCAGGCCGUCUGCAACAGCGGCGUCGACGGCGUCAUCGUCGGCAACACCACCAAGCGCAGAACGGGCGUCGUUCCCGAGGGCGUCAAGCUCUCCGCGAAGGAGCAGAAGGCCCUGAUGGAGACGGGAGGCUACUCUGGUCCCGCCAUGUACGGCAGGACGCUGGAGUUGGUCAAGAGGUAUCGCAAGAAGUUGGACGCCCAGACCCUCCAGUCCGGUUCGGCGGAGGAGGCCGCCGCCAUCCCCUCAGUCGACGGCACCCUGUCGGGCAAGGUCCACGACUUCGUCGAGGGCAAGGACACCGCGAGAAAGGUCAUUUUCGCGACGGGAGGUAUCACGAACGGAGAGCAGGCGUUGAAAAUUCUGAACGCUGGCGCGAGCGUGGCCAUGGUGUACACGGGCCUGACUUAUGGCGGACCGGGAACGAUCACCAGGAUAAAAAAGCAGAUGGUGGAACAGGCGUAG